AUGGAAAUGCUGUUAGGACCACGUCAUUUUGCGAAGGCAUUCAAAGUUUAUCCAACUCACAGUUCCUUGGGAGUAAUACCGAAUUGGCAACGUGCGGAAGAAAUUCUUUUGGAAGAGGAUCGACGGUUUCCCGGUAGAUCCAACCUCAUAUCGCUUCCGCCUUAUGAACGUGUGAUUCAGAUCAGUGCGUACCCACUCCCUCGGCCGGUUGUGAUCUACGGUCCAUUGGCUGCAUUGGCAUGUCGAAAAUUAGUUCAGACCAGUGGAACAUUCGGCGCGGCUCGCUUUGAGGUACCCCCAGUCAACGCGGCGGCUGCGACCGCGACAGCAACAGCAAAUGCACCUGCUGGCCCGGGUGCAUCGAGUGAAACAGCUAGGACAGAUGAGGUGACCACCGGCGUGAUUCGAUUGAGCGCAAUCAAGCGUGCUAUGUCUGAACAUGGAUCGCACUGUCUGCUGGAUCUGAACUUGACAGCGGUCAGUCGAUUGAUUCUACUCGGUAUUCCACCAAUUGUGAUCUUAAUCAGUCCAACAUCACGGGAACAAUUGCGAGCCGUGUUGGAACAAUAUUGGGAUUUGGACAAAACCUCGCCAGCUCUGCUCCGCCCCCGAAAACCGUUACGUAAACGAGCAGAGGUGAAGGAGUUGGCCGAAAAGUUGUGGAAAGAUGUUAUGCAUUUGCGUCAUUUCAAGUCGCAUCUGUUGACCGACACGGCACCACUGAUUCCGGCCAAUGGACAAUCCCAAACAUUCUCUGAGGUGGACUGGUUACAAAAUUUGAUAGCUGUGAUCAUGCAUCAGCAAAAUCAACCGGUGUGGAUUGGUGAAGAAACUCAACUAGCUCAAGAUUUACUCGAAAAAGCAGCCAAACAAGAAGAGCCUGAUCAAGCAGCAUUCAAGGAACCUCCGAUGAAAGACGGGACCGCUGAGAAACCCAGUGGACCUUCUCCAUCACUUAGCAACGAGUUGGAACAAAUAAACAGGCUUACUACGCAGUUAACCUUAUUAAACGAACAGAAUAACGAGGCUAUGCGGGACACUUCAAAACCUGCUCCAGACGCACGCCGGAACGAAUCGAUUCCAGCGAGACCGGUUGCAGGUAUACGGUCGGAAAAACAUACUCCACCGGGGACAAUGCGUCAGAUUCCUAUUGGCAAAAAUUUCACAGACAGAUGGCCCCCAAGUCCGCAGUUUCGCCCACCACCAACGGUAGACCCAGAUGAAACAGAUGCCAGUUGGGCCAGUGAUCUGCCACAACCGCCGGACGAGGUGACAAUAACCAGUCCAAGAUCGAACACAGAAAACAAACCGGGAAUGGACAAAACGGACUCGACAAUUUUUAAUGCUCCCGGAUCCUCGGAUAAGAUUGUCAUUCAAAGGAUGCCAACCAAUUUUUUACUCGAUGCUUUUGGUAUAUGUGUUCACGCGACCAUGGACGAUUCACCACUAUCAACGCACCGCACUAUCACUAUUGAGGAAGUGGCUGAUGCGGCCACAUUGACAAGUCCACGAGGUGCGGAAAUGCACAUGUCGGGGUGCCCUUCUGGUUGGAACACAAGUCGUGUAGUUUGCACGUCACGUUCAUCAACUUUGGAGAGAACAAACACCUUGGAUCUGGGCAGUCUGGAGGAGCGUCAUUCAACUGUCUCCUCAGUUCCGUUUACCGCAUCUAAAUCUAUUCUGGCCGAAUGUGCUGGAGAAUUCGGACAAGAUGGUGGUGCACUGGAACUACCAGAGCAUCAAGUCAGACUGUUCAUUCCACCAGGAGCGCUUCCGAUACAUCCGCCAACACGGCGUCUAUUUCUCCGCGUCUAUGCCAGUGAUCCAAACCGGGGGCCUCAAUUACCCAACCAAUCACCUGCACUAAGUCAGCGUCUGGUCAGUCCACUUGUUAUGUGCGGACCACGGGGACUGCGUUUCCGCAUCCCCGUUGAGUUGACGGUGCCGCGCUACCACGUAGAAUCGGAUUUUGACUCGGAGUCCGACGUAUCACAACGCAGCCGAUCCGGACACACGCCUCGAAUCACAUUGCUACACACGUCCUCAUUCUCUACCUCGACAUCAGCAGACGAGGACUAUUCAUCAGCGGAACAACCGAAGACGGACAUGAGCAAGACACACUAUGCGACAUGGCAUGAAAUUCCCCUCGUACAGCCAAAUCAACUGCCCGUACCUACGGGUGAUGGCGGAAUUAAAUCAGUUAUUCGGAAUUCGACUAUAUGCAUCUCCAUUGACCAUUUCUAA